UGCUCAAUAUUUUAAUAAGUUUUUCCAAGUUUAUGUCAUUUCUAUAUCUUGUGAUUUCUACCAAGCUCUUUGUAAAUUAUAUACGUGGCUAUCAGCUUUCUAUAUUUUAACAACAUAAAUGUUAAGUCAUAUUUAUAACAGUUGAUAAUACAACAAUAAACAUUUUAAAUCAAUUAUUUAUAAGUAUAAUGUAAUGAAUAAUUGUUCAAACCAAAAACACAGUGUUGUUUCUCAAUUUUAUAUUGGAUCUUAUGUUGAUUAUAAUAUAUCUACAUAUCUUCAAGCGUUUGUUAUUAUUUAACACAAUUAAUAUCAAUUCUGACGUUUAUGUUUAAAUGAUUUAUAUGUAACUUGACAGAUUUUAAAUUAGAAUAUUUUUUUAAAUGCCCUUUCAGAACAAUUGUGUUUUAAGAUAACAGAUACUUUAAAAUUAUCAAUCAAUUGAUAACUUUAAGAAAUAACUGAACAAUGACCGAGUACAAACUAGUUGUUGUUGGAGCAGGAGGUGUAGGAAAGUCAGCACUGACAAUCCAGUUGAUACAAAAUCAUUUUGUUGACGAAUAUGAUCCUACAAUUGAAGAUUCAUAUAGAAAACAGGUUGUUAUUGACGGAGAAACUUGCUUAUUAGACAUCUUAGAUACAGCAGGACAAGAAGAAUAUAGUGCCAUGAGAGAUCAAUACAUGAGAACCGGUGAAGGAUUUUUACUCGUCUUUGCUGUAAAUUCUGCAAAAAGUUUUGAAGAUAUAGGAACGUAUAGAGAGCAGAUCAAAAGAGUAAAAGACGCCGAAGAAGUGCCUAUGGUAUUAGUUGGAAAUAAGUGCGAUCUUCAACAAUCCUGGGCCGUAAAUAUGACACAAGCGAGGGAAGUUGCUCGACAAUACGGUGUUCCAUUUGUAGAAACAUCAGCGAAAACUCGAAUGGGAGUUGAUGAUGCUUUUUAUACUUUGGUAAGAGAAAUAAGGAAAGACAAGGAACAUCGUGGAAAAGAAAAGAAAAAAAGAAUGCGUGCAAAUAACGCAGGUCGUGGUCGGACGCGAUGUUGUCUGCUGUAAUUAUUUGGUGUCGUUCAUUUAAACGUUGAGUGUUUAAUUGCAACUUCAAAAUAUGAACAAUAUAAAUAUAAAGUAUAUCAUUUGCGCAUAUUUCGACUUCCUAAAUUCGGUACGCUAUUAAGAAAACUGCUACUUAUAUGUAUAACUUAAACUGAAAAAUAUAUCCAGUGUGAUAUUUUUUUUUUUUUUUUGUAUUGAAAAGGUAAUAGAAAAUUUAUCUUGCACAAAAGAAAUCAUUUAAUUCAUCAUUUUUGUGAACCAUAAAACUGAUUAUAGAAGACAAUGAGUAUGAUGGUAAUUCCUCUGCUCGAAAUUUCGAUUCUAUUUUAAGAAUAAAUGAUUACCGUUGGAAUACCAAGUUGAAAAAUGA